AUGGUUGUCGGUGCUCUCGUCUGUAGGUUAAGUGGAUUCCUGAAAAAAUUCAUAGGACAAAAAAAUAUUUUACAGAUCUCCUGCUAUAUUUUUUACGGCGUUCCACUUUUAUCAACAGUAUUCUACGCGAUGUGCUUCAUAUCAUUGCGAUCGCAACGUUCGCUGGUACGUUCCGACAACACUAUGUCGUUACUACACCAAGCAGAAAGAGACACACUCAAGCAGGGAAUCGUCACCUCACCCUACUACGCUACACGCUCCAUGACACAUUUAAUAUACUGUAUUAGUUUUAAAUAUAGAAAUAAUAACAUAAAAAUUUACAGGUCUGCAUUUUAUUUCUAUCAAAAUCUGAAGUCGUUUGACGUAAAAAUUACUGGUGUAAAAGCUUCCCUCCCACAAACGCGCAUGAUCCAUUGUAGUGUAAGAAAAGCAAUUAGAUAUUUUUGUUUAUUUAUAAGCCUAGAAUGA